GAGUUACUUAGCACAGCUCUGAGAUUUGUAAUCCAUGACUAAGUUGUAAUGUGUUUCUUGCAGUGAUCCAUGCUGAAGAGGCCCCAUUCAUACAGAUGAGCCCAGGGUUGAGGCAGCACUUUCAACCCAGAUAGGCAGUUGGCUAACUGCCCGGCAGAAUGCCAUCAACCAGCCGAGCGGGCAGCCUCAAGGACCCAGAGAUUGCAGAGCUCUUCUACAAAGAAGACCCAGAAAAACUCUUCACAGACCUCCGAGAGAUUGGCCAUGGAAGUUUUGGCGCAGUUUAUUUUGCACGUGAUGUGCGCACCAAUGAAGUGGUGGCCAUCAAGAAAAUGUCAUAUAGUGGAAAGCAGUCCAAUGAGAAAUGGCAGGAUAUUAUUAAGGAAGUCAAGUUCCUACAAAGAAUAAAACAUCCUAACAGUAUAGAAUACAAAGGCUGCUAUUUGCGUGAGCAUACAGCUUGGCUUGUUAUGGAAUAUUGUUUAGGAUCAGCAUCAGACUUACUAGAAGUUCAUAAAAAGCCAUUGCAAGAGGUGGAAAUAGCAGCAAUUACCCACGGUGCUCUCCAGGGACUAGCAUACUUGCAUUCUCACAAUCUGAUCCAUAGAGAUAUCAAGGCAGGAAACAUCCUGCUGACAGAGCCAGGCCAGGUGAAGCUUGCUGACUUUGGAUCUGCUUCCAUAGCAUCUCCUGCCAAUUCAUUUGUGGGGACGCCAUAUUGGAUGGCCCCAGAAGUAAUUUUAGCCAUGGACGAAGGGCAGUAUGAUGGCAAAGUAGAUGUUUGGUCUCUUGGAAUAACAUGUAUUGAGUUAGCGGAACGGAAGCCUCCUUUGUUUAAUAUGAAUGCAAUGAGUGCCUUAUAUCACAUAGCGCAGAAUGAAUCCCCUACACUACAGUCCAAUGAAUGGUCUGAUUAUUUUCGAAACUUUGUAGAUUCUUGCCUCCAGAAAAUUCCUCAAGACAGGCCUACAUCAGAGGAACUUCUGAAGCACAUGUUCGUUCUUCGGGAGCGGCCAGAAACAGUGUUAAUAGACCUGAUUCAGAGAACAAAGGAUGCAGUGAGAGAACUGGACAAUCUGCAGUAUCGCAAAAUGAAGAAACUCCUUUUCCAGGAGGCGCACAAUGGGCCUGCAGUAGAAGCCCAGGAAGAGGAGGAGGAGCAAGACCAUGGCGUUGGCAGGACUGGAACAGUGAAUAGUGUCGGAAGCAACCAGUCCAUUCCUAGUAUGUCCAUCAGUGCCAGUAGCCAAAGCAGUAGUGUUAACAGUCUUCCAGAUGCCUCUGAUGACAAGAGUGAGCUAGACAUGAUGGAAGGGGACCACACUGUGAUGUCAAACAGCUCUGUCAUCCAUCUCAAGCCUGAGGAAGAAAAUUACAUAGAAGAGUCUGAUUCUAGAACAAGGACGUCAGAACCACAAUCUCCACCCCAAGUAUCUCGCCACAAGUCACAUUACCGCAACCGAGAGCACUUUGCUACUAUACGCACAGCAUCACUGGUGACAAGGCAAAUGCAGGAACAUGAACAAGAUUCUGAGCUCCGCGAGCAGAUGUCUGGCUAUAAACGCAUGAGACGGCAGCACCAGAAGCAGCUGAUGGCACUGGAGAACAAACUGAAGGCAGAGAUGGAUGAGCAUCGCCUCAGGUUGGACAAAGAUCUUGAAACACAGCGCAACAACUUUGCUGCAGAAAUGGAAAAACUAAUUAAGAAACACCAAGCAGCCAUGGAGAAGGAGGCUAAAGUGAUGGCCAAUGAAGAAAAGAAAUUUCAGCAACAUAUUCAGGCCCAGCAAAAGAAAGAACUGAAUAGUUUCCUGGAGUCCCAGAAGAGAGAAUACAAGCUCCGUAAAGAACAACUCAAAGAGGAGCUGAAUGAAAACCAGAGCACCCCCAAGAAGGAGAAGCAGGAGUGGCUCUCCAAACAGAAGGAGAACAUCCAGCAUUUCCAGGCGGAGGAGGAGGCCAACUUGCUGCGGCGCCAGAGGCAGUACUUGGAGCUGGAGUGCCGCCGCUUUAAGAGAAGAAUGCUGCUUGGACGCCACAACCUGGAGCAGGACUUAGUCCGGGAGGAGCUGAACAAAAGGCAGACACAGAAGGACCUGGAGCACGCUAUGUUGCUGCGGCAGCACGAGUCUAUGCAAGAACUGGAGUUCCGCCACCUCAAUACCAUCCAGAAGAUGCGUUGCGAGCUGAUCCGGCUGCAGCACCAAACCGAGCUCACCAACCAGCUGGAGUACAACAAGCGGCGAGAGCGAGAGCUGAGACGGAAGCACGUCAUGGAAGUGCGACAGCAGCCCAAGAGUCUGAAGUCUAAAGAACUACAGAUAAAGAAGCAGUUUCAGGACACAUGCAAGAUCCAAACCAGACAGUACAAAGCACUGCGAAAUCACCUGCUGGAAACCACACCAAAGAGUGAACACAAAGCUGUCCUGAAGCGGCUCAAGGAAGAGCAGACGCGGAAACUGGCCAUCCUAGCAGAGCAGUAUGAUCACAGCAUCAAUGAAAUGCUCUCCACGCAAGCUCUGCGUUUGGACGAGGCGCAGGAAGCGGAGUGCCAGGUUUUGAAGAUGCAGCUGCAGCAGGAACUGGAGCUGCUGAAUGCGUAUCAGAGUAAAAUCAAGAUGCAGGCGGAGGCCCAGCACGAUCGGGAGUUGCGUGAACUAGAACAGAGGGUGUCCCUGCGCAGGGCCCUUCUGGAGCAGAAGAUUGAGGAGGAGAUGCUGGCCUUGCAGAAUGAGCGCACCGAACGGAUACGAAGCCUGCUGGAGCGCCAAGCCCGCGAGAUCGAAGCCUUUGAUUCGGAAAGCAUGAGGCUAGGUUUCAGUAACAUGGUUCUGUCUAAUCUCUCCCCCGAGGCGUUCAGCCACAGCUACCCGGGAGCUUCUGGCUGGUCCCACAAUCCUCCAGGGGGUGCAGGACCUCACUGGGGUCAUCCCAUGGGUGGCCCACCACAAGCUUGGGGCCAUCCAAUGCAAGGUGGACCCCAGCCAUGGGGUCACCCCUCAGGGCCCAUGCAAGGGGUACCUCGAGGUAGUGGUAUAGGGGUCCGCAACAGCCCCCAGGCUCUGAGGCGGACAGCUUCUGGGGGACGGCCGGAGCAGGGCAUGAGCAGGAGCACAAGUGUUACUUCACAAAUAUCCAAUGGGUCACACAUGUCUUACACAUAACUUAACCCAGGCCUGAGGGUGGCAAUUCCACUGAAGCGGUCUGCCGACAGAAACUGCCUACAGGUGCAGCCUCCUCUCCGUGGGACGCUGGGUGGCCAUGGAGUCUCGUUCAUUCUGUAAAGCACUCUGUUUUGUGUUUACUAACUGGGAUGUCAUAGUAUUUGGCUGCAGGGUUUGGGGGCUUUAAUGUUUGUUUUGGGGGGGAAUGGGACAUAUGCAACUAGGCAGAGAAGUUGGCUGCCGGUUAAGGCGUUCGGGCUGCACAAGGGCCUCCGAGCGCUGUCAUCACCCGUCCCUGCAGAACGAUGGGACGCGCUUAAACCUUCGUUCGUGUGCAAACAGCCUGCCUGCCAGCCACCUGAGCAGAUGAGGUGAGCUGAAAAUAAGUCCCUCUCUAGCAGAGGAGCAGCUGUAUUUCCUGCCCCUUUGAUUGAUCACCAUGAAAUUGGCCCCCUUUCCGCGUGGAUCCUCAGGAGAAGGGCUUAAAGGAACUGUGGGCGAGGGGAAAGGCUUUGCCUGCUCGGGUGGCAGGGAUCAACACGGUCCCUUGCCCCCCAAGUGCCCGCUCUCCGUUGCACUAAGAGGCGAGCAUUCCCCGAGGGCAUAGCGCCGCUUCAGUAGACGUGUGUGGGGGGGUGAAAAUGUUUAAAAUCCAGCCUAGCAUCUUAGCCCUCCCCUGGCCGGGCCAGUGGCAGGGGCUCAUGCUUUGCAGGCCGUUGGGAAGAAGAGUAUCACUAAUGCACUUGUGUAGCUAAUACUGUGACAUCUCACCUUAGCUAAGCAGCUGAAUAAUUCUUGGACCCCUGCAUCCUUCUUUUGCUCUGUUCUUCAGGACCCUUAGACUUACAGCCAGUCAGCCUGGAAUGCCAGAGGUCUUCUGAAAGAUGCCAUAGUCACACAAUGCCAUUGGUCGGGGGUUUCAUUCCUACACUGCACACCCAUUUAUUACCUUUGGGCUUGUUGCAGUUUUCUGUUUACCUGUCCGCUGUAGCCGACUGUUUAAAUGUUUAGUUGCCAUAGUAUACCAGGAGGAGCUGAGCCAAUGACUCUACGAGCUGCUGACUAACCCACAUCACUGCUGUAGAUCUUGCCGCAUGUGAGGCUCCUUUCUGUCGUUUUGGGUGCCGCAGUACUUUUCAGCUUUACAGUCCAGGGAGACUCUGGGAUCAGUUGGCAGCACGUCACCCCACGCGUAGGAGGCGCUAUUUUCGGGCAGCUCUCUUUGCAGAGCCGCUGUACUACUGAAAGGGAGCAAGAGGCUGGAAGUAAAGCCGGGAGUCUGCGAAUAAAUGGAAUGACUUUUGUGGCUACGUAGCAACCUUGACUGCUGGAAGUGGGAGGUGUCGUGAAAGACUAGGAUGAAUGAGGGGGUGUUUGGGCCCAGCCAGCACCGUGAGGUGAAGAUGAGAGCAGAUAGCUUAAGCUUGGCUUAAGGUAAAGAUUUUCUUUCUGGGGACUGGCCAGCCAGAGUUCUUUCUUUGUAAAUGACUUUCCUUGCACACUAAUCAUCUUGAAGAAAACACUAGCUGCUAACUCUAGGGUUUGCCUUUACCGUGUUUAUAGGGCUCAGAAGCAAGGUUUUCCAAAUGCCUUUGUCCAUGUGACACAUUUAUAUAGAAUACUCCAGUGUCUCGCUGCUGCUCAGUUUUCUCAGCAAUGUGACAUUCUUAACUAAAUUAAAAUUCACUCCAGAUCCUUGACUCUCAGCCAGUGUGUGAUGAAUCCAAACGUCAGGAUUUCCAGUGUCUUGAUAUAGCAUAUCACUCCGAACAAAGACGGACACUAUACCAAAACAUAAACCUUUGACAGAGCCUUGUAGUAUUAACAGUGUGUGCUGGAGUCUGGGAAGAGGCAGAGGAUAUUCCUGUUGGUUACCCUGUAGAACAGAACGUUUGGGACAAAGAUGAAUUCACUGACUGACCCCCUGUUCCCCUUGAUAUACAUCUCUGUGUGGGGUGGGUGUUUUCUCUUCUAGCUGUUCUCUUGCAUUCAAAUGUUGAUCAAAUGAAAUUAAGGAAAAUCACCUUCAUUUUCCUAUUUUAAGAAGAAAAAAAAAGCCAAAAACCUACAUUGGUUCUUACCACCUUGGUGUGGAGCAUGGUGCUAAUAUACAAAGUUUAGGAGCUCUUGACUCCCCAUAAUCUCAACAGCAGCACCAAUUGGCACUGUACUUCACAAUUCAGGAGGUUUGUUCUUUUGCUUCUGAGAUGGUUUGAAUUUGGCCAAAGUCUCUGGUUUAAAUUGAGUGAUUUCAGGAGCGUUCCCUCAAGCCAUCUGUUUGUAAUGUAAAGCGUCACUGAAUGUGGGACUCAAAUGAUGUCGGUCCCCUAUUGGCUUUUUUGUAUCCAAAACAAUUGUGUGGUGCCCAUUUUACAUGUAUAUCAUGUGCAGGCUCAUUCCAGUGAGUUAAUAUUUAAAUUAAAAUAGUUUGCAAAAACUGAUUCAGAUCAACUGA